CUUUGUCUGACAGCGAGAAUUGUGCAUUCCAUAAGAUGUAACUUCAAGUGUACGAGAUAGGACAACUGAACGUGCUCAGACAUCACUGAAAAUAUCUCGGAUGUUUAUUCAGGAAGGAUUGAUUUUCGUGACGUGUUGCCUUUUCGCUUUAGUUCAAGGCUGCAGUCAACCAUGCAUCUUUGUGUCAAACACAACAGACAUUCUCUCKGUCAACACAGAUUUCACUUCCUCGAAACCAGUCUUCAAGACGCUCACACGAGCGGUCGCUAUUGGCGUCCACGUCAACCGAAGGUUCAUAUUUUGGAGUGACGUAAUCGAGAAGAAUAUAAAAAGAGCAAACAUAGAUGGAAGUAACGUAUCAAUCAUUAUUGACAAUACUGUUGGUAUUUGUGACGGACUGGCCGUGGAAUGGACUGCGGAUCUUCUGUACUGGAGCGACACGAACGUAAAUACUAUAGAAGUAGCAAGACUUGACGGGUCAAAAAGAACAGUUCUUGUUACUAGUCAGUUGGACAAGCCACGAGGAAUAGUUCUGGAUCCAUCGUCUGGAUUGAUGUUUUGGACUGAAUGGGGUUCMARUCCMAGAAUAGAGCGAGCUUAUCUCAAUGGCAAAAGCCGUCAAACGAUCGUMAGUUCAUCCAUCGGAUGGCCCAAUGGGAUAACAUUAGACCUCACAGCCAAAAUAAUCUACUGGGUUGAUGCCGAUACAGAUAAAAUAGAGUCAGCAGAUUACUCUGGCAAUAAUCGCAAGCAAAUCUUUYAUCGUCGUGGCAUACAUCCCUUUGGAGUGGCGCUGUUUGGUUCUUGGUUGUUCUGGACCAACUGGCAUCCAAAAACCGAGCUCAACAAGAUGGAUACGAAAACRGGAUCYUUGCAAAACAGGCUAUCUAUUAGCGGGAYAMGGAUGGGCGUUGCCGUGUUUGACAGCUCCUUACAGCCUUCGUUCAGAAACGAGUGUCAAGAAAACAAUGGUGGCUGCAGUGAUCUGUGUCUGCUUACUCCUUAUGGACAUGAUUGCGCAUGCGUAGCGGGUUUCUCUCUUUCAGUAGAUGGGAAAACAUGCGAGAGAGUAGUGAACGACCUCAUCUUAUUCACGGAUAAUAGCUACAGAACAAUCAACAUCAUUGCCCCCAAAGAGAACUAUAAAACCUGGAAAAUAUACCACCAACACACCAGAAACAAUUACCCAGUAGCCAUCGACUUUGAUCCUAUUGAAAGCCGAUUAUACUGGACAGACUUGCUGGCUAAGCACAUCGCCCGCGUUUUAUUCUUAUCRACGUCAUACGAAGUGAUUUAUAAAAAAGGUAUUGUAAGGCCAGAAGGACUGGCUAUUGACUAUGCUGGAMGAAACCUUUACUGGACAGAUGGUGGAGCCAAUAGAAUCGAGGUUGGCAAGUUAGAUGGAAGUUAUAGGAAAACACUGAUCAGUGAAGAUCUGGACGAACCAAGAGGRAUUGCCAUUCACGGCGAUAACGGAGUGAUGUAUUGGACAGACUGGGGUAAGAGACCAAAGAUCGAGUCUUCUUUCAUGGAUGGCACUCAUCGCAGAACCCUCUUCAACGUGUCCCUCGUCUGGCCCAAUGGAAUAACUAUCGACAAAAAGCAAUCCAAGCUCUACUGGGUCGAUGCUGGCCUUGAUAGGAUAGAAGAAUGUGAUCUAGAUGGAGGAUACCGUAAGGUUGUACUACAACAGAGUAGUAUCCAUCCAUUUGGUUUGGCAUUGUAUGAUGGGAAUGUCAUCUGGUCAGAUUUAAAGAUGAAAGAGAUUCUAAAGGUUGAAAYUGAAAGUGGAAGAGUUGAAAAUUUGACAUCGGGAGUGGCAAAACCACUUGGAAUCCAUGCUUACGAACGAAAUGCUUUUGAUCAAGGUACCAACAACUGCAGUUUAUCUAAUGGCGACUGUGCCUACUUAUGUCUUCCAACACCACGUGGACGUACUUGCACAUGCGCAGAUGGAACCACAACGAACAGCACUGACCUGGAUUUCUGUAACCAUGGAAAAUGUUCUCCACCAAACCCGAAGCCUAAUGCUGUCCUGGUGUCACCGGACUGUGGCAGACAAAAUGGAUCUCGCUGCUYGUUUAGCUGUAGAAAGGGCUAUUCGUUGAGAAGUGGAAGCACCUCAAUACUGUGUCAAAUGAACGGCAAGUGGUCAGCGGAAAGCCCUACCUGCACAGAUGGCCUUCCCCCUACCUUUACAUCAUGUCCAAGCAAUAUACUAGUGUACGCAGACCCAGGAGAAACAUCUGCCACAGUGGACUGGGCACCACCAAUUGCGUCAGACAAUGCGGAUGAUUUGCCUGUUGUGAAGUCAAUAACAGGAAUUGACCCGCCAGCAAKACUUGGUAAAGGAAAACACUAUGUGGUGUACUCAGCUACAGACAAAGAAAAUAACAGAGAGAUAUGUCGGUUUGAGAUUACUGUCAAAGUAAUAUACUGUCCACCCGUGAUUCCUGACGGGGUUUUGCAGCUUGCCAACUGUGAUGCGCAUCAUGGAAGCAACUGCAGCUUUACCUGCCCGGUGGGAUAUACACUAGUUGGCAUGGCAACGAUCACGUGUUUGGUAAAAAAUGAAUCUAAACCAAUAGGAACAUGGAAYGGAGAACCACCAAAAUGCGAAGUGGUCAGGUGUCCACCCCUUCAAGUUCCUGACAACGCUAUUCUAUUUGGCUGCAGUGACUUACCCUUUCAGGUGUUUGGUACUGUSUGUCACUUUUCGUGUCUCCAUGGAUACCAGUCAUCUAAGCCGUUGUCAAGGAGGUGUCUCGCGAAUGGAACGUGGAGCGGAAAGGAUACGGUUUGUCAAGCCAACAGGUGUCCUUCUCUAACCCCUCCUCAUAAUGGGUCCAUUGCACCAUCCACCUGCUUACAACGUAGUAUCUACGGUACUAUCUGUACUCACUCGUGYGCUACUGGAUACAGACUCCAUGGUACCAAAACACGUAUAUGCAGAUCGAAUGGACGAUGGACAGGACGAAACGACACUUGGUGUCAAGAUGUGACCCCUCCAUCGUUUUCGUCAACCUGCCCACGUGACAUGGUCUACAUCGUUGAUCCGUGUUCCAGUAAUGUAACAGUUAACUGGACCACACCUACAGCAAAAGACAAUUCAGGUGUUGUAAGGCUGCAAGGUCCAAGUCAAGGUCCUCCAUUAACAUUAACUCCAGGGAUCUACAUUAUUAACUAUACAGCCAUAGACAUCGUGRGCUUUAGACGGAAGUGUGUUUUCAAGAUCCAAGUAAGCCGACGAUCUUGCAGACAUCUCACGGCUCCUUCUAAUGGYUUGAUAUCAUCCCUGUCUUGCGGUACCUACUAUGGCUCUGUGGCAACCUUUACAUGUCAACCUUGGCACGUGUUAAGUGGUUCAAAGACAAUAACUUGUAUGAGGAAUGGGCAAUGGUUGGGCAAUGAAACAAAGUGUACGAGAGUUACCUGCCCCGCCCUUACCCAGAUUAARAAUGGAGCAAUCGAGCCAAACGCGUGUGUUACUGGGUUCCCUGUGCUUUCUGGUACCCGCUGUUUUGUAAAGUGUAAUCUAACCAAUGGCUACAGAAAUGCUGGUGUCCGUCACUUGACGUGCUCUGGAAAUGGAUCGUGGUCAGUGGAUAUCAACCUUAUCWCAUGUCAAGAUGUAGCAGCACCUACUCUCCAAUGUCCAACAGACGCAAACACUGUCACUGAUCCAGGAAAAGCCUUUGCAACGUUUUCUUGGCCGAGGCCUGAGCCAAAGGAUAACUCCGGAGAGAGACCCACGCUAACUGUUAAACCAAAUGGACUCACAUCUCCUCAUCAGUUCCAAGUUGGAAGAACAUUGCUCACGUACACUGCAACGGACUCAGCCAAKCUGCAAUCAGUCUGUUCKUUUGUAGUCACAGUUCGAGAUAUUGAAGACCCYAAGCCUUUGUUUUGUCCACCAAACAUGGAAAUAAAAAGCGAAAAGAGGUUUAGUAUGGUCAAACUGCCGCGGGCAGAGUUCRCUGACAACGUCCGUGUGGCCAGCAUCACAACUGACAGACAAAAUGGUUCCACMUUAUCGUGGGGAGAGCAUUACGUGAACUAUACUGCAUACGAUGACGCGGGAAACAGUGCCAAAUGUACGCUUAAGAUUACCAUAACAUCCCCYGGAUGUACCAAACCCAGUCCUCCUCUCCACGGAGCUGUUGCCUGUGAAGUCAUGGCGGCGGGGAUGAUGUGUACAGUACACUGCAACCCUGGGUACAAGUUUGUUGCUAUGCCUCAACAAGUWUAUGUUUGUACUCCUAAAGGAAAAUGGUACAAUGGCGGACUCUUAAGCAAGUCAUUGCUAAGCGUACCUGAUUGUUCGGCUGAGAAAACACCUAAACUAAAUUUGGAUGGUAGUCUUCACUAUUUGACUCAAAACUGCCAGGCACACGAUCACCAACAAGUGCGCAAGAAUUUUCUGGGCCUCCUUCUAAAGCAUCCCAUGGGACAAGCAUGUAACUUCAGACCUUGCAAAAUUGAGAGCGUCAAAGUGACAUGUUACGCUGGACGACACAAACGAAAUGCGGAUACAUUAGUUGUGUCAUUUGAAAUUGGAAUGCCUUUGGUUAAGAAUGCUAGUACUGAGAUAACGGAACUAGAACAGGAACUUAAGGAAGCCGUUUCAUAUUUUCAAGUAAUGGGAAAGUUUCUCUUGCUAAAAAGAUCUACGCCAGURAGGCUUCGCGUCAGGGAUAUCAAGUGUGAAGAUGGACAAGUGCUGAAAGACGAUGUUUGUGCUUCCUGUCCACCUGGGCAUUUCUUUUCUUCAUCGACGCCUUAUUCUUGUGUUUCAUGUCCUGUCAAUCAUUAUCAGGAGAAGGAGGGACAGAUUCGUUGCAUUCCUUGCCCAGCUGGGACUUCAACACAUGGGCUAACUGGAACAAGACUGCGAACAUCGUGUAAACGUACUAGAGGUUACUUCUAGAUGUAUUUAUAAAGAAUUACGAAAUGCGUAUCUUGACAGUGAAGAAAAUUUUGUAAAAUGCAUACUGCUAAUCAUCCCUUGAGCCAAUCAUAUGGAAAUAAGAUUAAUUUUGAUCUUUUGGUGUAUUUGAACUUAAUACUUAACAGAGUGAUUGAAACAGUAGAAAUUUCAGGAAAUAAUACUAAACCUGAAAAAAACUCGAAGUGUUMAGGCUUCGAGUAUCCUCACUGUAAAUCCUGUGAUAAACUAUUUUUUGGUGAAUUCACGGGAGUCGAACAUGAACUAAAUCAUUUGUGCGUGAAAAAUUACUGGAUGGUUUUCAGGUUAAAAUAAAAGGCGGGGCAGUUUUGAAAACAUAGUAAAAACAUGUAUGACAUGUUAUGACAUGUAGCUCGAGGGUGUUUUUGUGGAGGGGCGUGGUAGAAACACGUGGGCAUAUAUUGAGGAUGCGCGCUGCUAUCCCGCGAAUAAUUUUGCGCGCCUUUUAACAUCCUGCUAUUUGAUGCUUUACUUUAUAUAUGAGAAACUUAAUGAAAUUCCACUAAACUCUGCAACCUUGAAGUGCUACUUAUGGAAGCUACUUCUAUCAUGAUGACCUGAGUCAGAACCUGGUUCAAAUAAACCAGUAACAUUUUUUUUAGAAAUCGAACUUUAUACUACCUUUUUGGUUUUCCCAAACGUCAGUGAAUUGUUGUAAAGCGUAGACCGCUACAAUACUUUUCGGACGAGGAGAGAGAUACCUCAGUUGCUGAGCGAAAUAGGCGCCUUUUCACUGCUGGAAAACAUGUAGACAGCUGUCAAAUGACAGUGAUACGCGCUGCUGGACAUCAUCCUAUAGAAUAUAUAGUAUAUCUCGAUAAGUACCAGCAGAGAUAAUAAAAAACGAAAUGAUUUAACAAGAAAAUGAAAUAUACAUGAUCAUAAUAUCAACACAUAGUUAAAUAAAGUUAUAUUUCUUCAAGA